CUAAUGUCAAUAGCGAGGUGGACCUGCAUUUCGCUACUUCAUUUUUUAUUGUAUUUAUAUUAAUAUUUAUUUUCCAUUAUUUACCAAAGUAUUAAAAGUCAUUAGCAAUAGCUUACCAUAACGUGAUUUUUAUUGAUAAGCUCUAAUAAUAUAACCUUAUCUUCAAACAUAAAAUGUUAGAUUGUUAGAAAAUUUUAAAUCAUGGCUGGUUUUGGUGACUACAGUGGAUUUAACCGUCCAUAUGGUUUAGAUCAAAACCGGGAAACAAAUGAUUUAUAUGAUACACGUUACCAACAAGUGUACGGGUAUCAUACACCGAUAACCGAGGAGUACCAAGGUCCACCUUUGAUAAUGGACGAUGCGCCUGAAGAAGAAACCAACGCCUUUGUAACCACAACAAUAAGUGUUGCAAGUCUUAUAACAGAAAAUCUGUUAAGCCAUCCAUUUAUAGUGUUAAGGCGACAAUGUCAGGUACAUAACAGUUUAAGAAACUACCACAUUGUGCCGUACACUCUCUUGCCUGUUGUUGUCAGAUUGCACAGGCGACAGGAAUUUACAACACUGUGGAAGGGCAUUGGCUCAACAUGUAUUGUAAAAGGUCUUAAUUUGGCCGUUGAGGAUGUUAUAUCAAAGGGAACAGGAUGGCCAAAAGAGAUAGGAAAAUGUAAUUCAGUAUUGCAAUUUCUUCAACAUUUCACAUUAAAAUGCAUCAGCAUUGCCCUGGUCACUCCGUUUUACUCGGCAAGUCUUGUAGAAACAGUUCAGAGUGACAUUGCUAGCGACAAACCCGCAAUACUUGAUGUUUUCCGAGAGGGUUUUGUACGUAUUCUGGAAUGGGGCACUCCUAGUCGUGGUAGAAUGUUGCCAAUCUGGGCAAUCGUUUACCCAACCGCCGCCCUCGGAAUUACAAAAUAUUUUGCUCACAUUAUUUUACGGAAAGUAGCUGCUAAAGUCAUACGCUUCCAACAAAGACACAAACAUGAACUAAGUGAUUCUUAUAGCGGGAAUUACUCCAAGUCUCAAAAUCCUCUCAUAGAGGACAUUAACUUGAAGGCCAAUAUAUUUUCCUUUGUAACAAUGGAAAUUCUAUUCUUUCCUGUUGAGACCAUUAUACACAGAUUACACAUUCAGGGUACAAGGACAAUUAUAGACAAUUUGGACACAGGUACAUCAGUGACACCUAUCCUAACAGGUUACGAAGGAUUUCUGGAUUGUUAUAGCACUACCAUAGCAAAGGAAGGUGUGGCCGGUUUGUAUAAAGGUUUUGGGGCCUUGGUACUACAACUUGCGGCACAUUUGGCAAUCAUAAAACUAACAACACUAGUUGUAUCAGAAAUGUCUAAUCUAUUGAAACCAGCCCAUUCUCCUACCAACUCUGAAGAAUCACACACACAACAGAAAUAUUUAUUCAACUAGCAGCGAUUUAGAAAAUUAUUCAAAUAAUGAUUGUUAAAGCUUGUUGAUUAUCAUGUAAAUUUUGAGUUUUUAUAAUAUUAUUUAAAACAGAAUUGCUAGAUAGAAAGUUUUCAUAGGCGUUUUUAUUUUUAUAAAUAAUUUGCUUAGAUUUAAGAGAUGGUUAUGUUUGUAAAUUGAUUUCUAGAAUACAAAUAAAAGUCGUAAAUUAUU